AACGACGACGAGCUUGAAGCGCUCUGUCGGCCGCAUCUAUGGCAUCAUCACUGUGAAAGGUCCUUUCUUCACACGACAAGCUGGACUACGGCCCGAACCUUGGACAGUUAUGGGAGAAGAUGGACGAGGACGGUCUUUUUGCAAUGUCACAUCAGCGAUAUACCACCAACACAGUUUUGCUGAAUAAGACCAGAGGCGCAGCAACCACUAUAACAAAAGGAACGGCACCGGACAUGGCGGAUCUCAGCAUGGCUACAGUAUUGUCGCUGUCAGGACGAGUAGCCCUCAUCACAGGCGGGGGGACGGGAAUAGGAUUGAGCAUUGCUAAAACCUUUGCCGCAAAUGGAGCCAAAGUAUACAUCGUUGGCCGAAGGUUGGACGUGCUGGAGAAAGUCGCUGCAUCCGUUCCAGGUUCCAUUAUCCCACUGCAGAUGGAUGUGACAGACGAAGAAUCCGUCAAGGCUGGUGCAAAGCAUAUCGAAGGAAUCGACGGCAAGCUCGAUAUCCUAGUUAACAACGCCGGGUUCUCCGCCUCUCUUCGCGACCCAGACUUCAUCGCAAAACGGGACACUGCAUUAGAUCCCCUCGAACCCGAGACGGUACAGAACUGGGCCGACAUCUUUGCGCUAAAUACCAUCGCCCCAUUCUUCGUCGUCCGCGCUUUCCAAUCCCUCCUCAUCAAAGGAGCGCAUUCUCGCCACCAAGGCACCUCAAGCAUUAUCAACAUCAGCAGCAUCUCAGCAAAAAUCAACGCUCCGGGACCUGCAGCCUGUAUAGCUUAUGGUGUGACGAAAGCAGCUCUGGACAAGCUCACCCUCGUGCUUGGUACGAGUUUCGCUGGGAGGGGUAUCCCGAUCCGGGUGAAUGGGCUGCAGCCUGGCGCGUUUGUGUCGCAGAUACUGAGUGCUGAAUUCUUGGAGAGUAUCACGUCGAAGGUAAUACCCGGUUUCGUGGCACCGAUACCUGCCAGAAGGCAUGGGACUGAUGCAGAGAUUGGAGCAACGGCGAUCUACCUGGCAGUAUCGGACUAUACCAACGGGGCGAUUUUGUGUAUUGAUGGAGGAACGUCGCUGGUAAAUCCUUGAAUGUGCGACUACCGAAAUACAUUACCCUUUCCCCCCCCUCCUCCUUGAAGGUAGUUAGUCAAUUAGGCGAUCCUUAUGGGGACGUGCAACUCCACUGAAGACGAAUUGGCGGCAUUCAACUCACGGGGACAAACUAUCAUCAGUGUUUCUUUUGGUGGAGGAUUUUGGCUUAGAUGGAUUGAUAAGAAACGACUACAUAUUUAAAGG